AUGUCGGGCUGGGCUGGCUGCCUGCUGUCGGACGCGCUGGGCGGCGGGAAGGAGCUUUGGCAGGACUGUCCUACACUUCAGUUCACCUCUAGCUGCCCUGACCUUGGCAACUGCUCCCCCCAGUCCUACCUCAUCUCUCCCAACUGCCUCCCCUCCUACUUCACCAAUGCUCCCCCGGUCCCAUCUCCCCCAUUGCCCCCGCCCCAGCCCCCCGAGCAGCCUGCGGGCGCGGGGACGCGAUGCUCGAAGGCUCGCUCUGCUGCAGCAGGGGCCUUGCAAACAUUAAUAGCUGUUGAGCGAAUAACUGUGAGAAAUACUAUUGUCAGUAAAACCCCCAUUCUUUUGUCAUCAUUUAGGUUGAGGGAGUGGCUUCUUCCCAUCACAGUUGUUAUCCAAACAAUAGUCUUUACUCUUUGUGUGCAAACAGAUACAUGUGUAGUAUUAAUAUUUAUAUCUUUGUUUCUACAGGUUUUUAUUCACAAUCCUCAUGCCCGAGGUCAGAGAACAAACACAAACCGAAUGGUGCAAAGUAACCAAGAUUCAGACAUUUCUCUUCUGAACAUUAAUCAAGGGAUCACUUGUCUGACUUCGGGGGUGCUGAACCCUCAGCUGGGUUAUGAUUGUCUUCUGGUUGGAACACAGACUAAUUUAUUGGCUUAUGAUGUGUAUAACAACUCGGAUUUGUUUUACAGAGAGGUUUCAGAUGGAGCCAAUGCAAUAGUUCUUGGAAAGCUGGGAGAUAUUUCACCUCCACUCGCUAUUAUUGGUGGAAACUGUGCCCUGCAGGGCUUUGAUUAUGAAGGAAAUGACCGUUUUUGGACGGUUACUGGAGACAAUGUUCGUUCAUUAGCACUCUGUGACUUUGAUGAUGAUGGGAAAACUGAGCUUCUUGUUGGCUCUGAAGAUUUCGACAUCCGUGUGUUUAAAGAAGAUGAGAUUGUGGCAGAAAUGUCAGAGACAGAGACUGUCACUGCCCUUAGCCCCAUGAAUGGCAGUCGCUUUGCCUACGCUCUUGCCAAUGGCACCGUGGGAGUUUACAACAAGUCAGCGCGCUACUGGAGGAUUAAGUCAAAAAACCAAGCAGUGAGUAUACACGCAUUUGACCUGAACUCUGAUGGAGUGUGUGAGUUGAUCACUGGCUGGUCUAAUGGCAAGGUUGAUGCACGCAGUGACCGGACUGGGGAGGUCAUCUUUAAGGACAACUUUGCUUCCUCAAUUGCAGGGCUGGUGGAGGGGGAUUACAGAAUGGAUGGGAGCACCCAGUUAAUCUGCUGCUCAAUUGAUGGUGAAGUCCGAGGCUAUCUGCCAGGAGGUGAGGAAAUGAAAGGGAACCUAAUGGAUACAAGUGCUGAGCAGGAUCUUAUCCGAGAACUUAGUCAAAAGAAACAAAAUCUGCUGCUGGAAUUGAAAAAUUAUGAGGAAAAUGCAAAGGCUGAAUCAAACACUCAGCUGAAGGACGCUGAUGGGCAGAGAGGCGUGAUUCCAGCAAACACUCAACUCCAGACAGCCCUCUCAGUUAAUCUGGGCUCUGACAGCCAGUCUGCCCAUGUGGAGUUGUGUAUUUCCACCACAAAUGACACAAUCAUCCGUGCUGUGCUGAUCUUUGCUGAGGGCAUAUUUGAAGGAGAGAGCCAUGUGGUCCAUCCCAGUCUGCAAAACCUCUCAGGCUGUGUUCGUGUUCCCCUUACUCCACCCAAAGAUGUCCCUGUGGAUUUGCACAUCAAAGCCUUUGUGGGUUACCGAAACAGCACACAGUUCCAUGUAUUUGAGCUGACAAGACAGCUUCCCCGCUUUUCCAUGUAUGCCCUGAGCAGCCCAGACUCAGCCACAGAGCCCCUGAGCUUUGUUAACUGUACCAUGAAUGAGAGGCCACAAAGGAUCAUUAUGUGGCUGAAUCAGAGCUUCUUGCUGCCAGAGGAUGCAGAGUUUCAGAGCGCUCCCUUUCAGGUUUGCUUCACUUCCCUUCGUAAUGCAGGUCAGCUCUGCAUCAAAAUCAAGCCUGGUGGAGAGAUUUCCAUCAACACAGAUGAUAUUGAUCUAGCUGGUGACAUUAUCCAGUCAAUGGCUUCUUUUCUGGCCAUUGAAGACUUGCAGGUGGAAGCAGAUUUUCCUGCCUACUUUGAGGAGCUGCGGAAAGUACUGGUGAAGGUGGAUGAGCACCACGCAGUGAAUCAGAGGCUCACUGCUGACAUGGCUGAACACUCCAACCUCAUCCGCAGCAUGCUGGUUCAGGCAGAAGAUGCCCGGCUUCUGGGAGACUUGAAAAACAUGAAGACACGGUACAGCGAGCUGUAUGAUCUGAACAGAGAUUUGAUAAAUCAAUACAAAAUUCGUUGCAACAAUCACACAGAGCUGUUGAAUAAUCUGAAGGCUGUGAAUCAGGCAAUCCAAAGGGCUGGGCGGUUACGUGUUGGCAAACCUAAAACACAAGUGAUCAGUGCUUGUCGGGAUGCAAUAAGAAGCAACAAUUUCAACACCCUGUUCAGGAUAAUGCGUGUGGGAACAGCUUCUUCUUAAGGAGAGGAGCAGCAGCUGUGCAGAGGCUGCAUGCACUGGGCAGAUAAUGGAUGACAAGCAUUUAAUUCAGACCCCUACUCCACUGUAGGGUGAAGUAAUUACAAUGGUAGUGCUGUAGUUAAGUUGUCAGGUGAGAAAUAUUACACAGACCAAAGCUCCAUGAAGAGAGCAUCAGAGUUUAAGUGCAGAUGUGGUAUUUAUGCAAUACAGAAAUUCAA